UCCAAAAAGGUUGUCCCAGAUUUCCAGUAAUUAUGUCGCAAAACCCACCCCCGAAUUACGGAACCAACACCGCCGCCGCCGCUCAAACCUCCACCACCACCGAAGACCUCACCUUUGACUCGACCGUCCAAACCGUGCACCCCACGCGCCGCCCAUGGUCCGAGCUCUUCUCCCCCACUUCCUUCUCCGCCCCUUACAGCUACUCCGACGCCAUGGCCCGCCUGAAGCACAACCUCAGCUACUUCCGACACAACUACGCCAUGGUGGUGCUCUUCAUCGUCUUCCUCAGUCUCUUAUGGCACCCAGUCUCCAUGAUCGUCUUCCUCAUCAUCCUCCUCUACUGGGUCUUCGGUUACUUCUCCCGCUCCCCUGGCCCCGUCGUCCUCUUCCACCGCGACUUCGACGACGGCGCUGUCCUCUUCUCCCUCAGCCUCCUCACCGUGGUGGCGCUUGUGCUCACGCGCGUCGGCCUGAACGUGCUGGUCUCUCUCAUCGUUGCCGUGGUGGUUGUCGCCCUCCACGCCGCGUUUAGGGUCACGGAAGACUUGUACUUUGAUGAUGAUGAUGAUAGUGCUGCUGAAGGUGGCUUAGUUUCGGUUGUUGGGUCGGAACAUUAUCAUUGAAAAUUUUGAUGUACUAUGCUUGAUUGAUUUGUUUGAUGUUUGGUUUAGUUUGA